CUAGAUAAUAGUUCAAGAACUUGUUUAUAUUAGAAAUCAAUAAUUUUAAUAAAACUAUAAAUUAAAUGAACGUUACAUUAUGAGGACAGUUUUUUGAAUGACAAUAACAAUAGAAAGAGUGAUUAUCUUCAAGUUCUAUUUAGUAAUAAAAAGAUCUGACCCAUGGAUACAAGUCAAUCUGAAGUAAAGUGAACGACUACCACUGAAGUUGAAUGAUGAUCAUAUUAUAUUAUUUAUCUGGGAUAAUUAGACGGAGAUAAUUAUAUUUUAACUGAGUGAAUGAAUUACAUCAUGUUUACAGUAAGAUUUGAAUCACUUGGAUUUGAUGUAGUAAGUAUAAAAUGUUCAAUAGUUCCAAUACUUGAACAAUCACCUGUUCAAUACUUUCGCUAUUUCAUUAGUUAUACUGUAGUGAACAAGAGCAUAAGUGAGGACAGCCAAAUGGAUCUGAAUACAAAAUUACAGAACAUUUUAGUAAAAUCUGAGUACCAUACAGUAAAUGCUUCAUUUGCAAAAUAUUCACUAUUUGUCCCAGACUUCAUUGUUCUUGCAUUUCCAUACCAAUCGCUUUCUGUUCCCGAUUUUUCCUUCUCUAUCUUCUCAACAUUCUAUUCCUGACUAGCGUUA